GGGCCGCGUGGUGGAGAUGAUCCGGUUGGACCGGGAGGACAGCCCGGACAGCGUGGGCUACAUCGAGGAUGACCACCCCCUGCGGCACGAGAUGGCGGCGCAAACGCUGUCCCUCCUGGCCGCCCCGGAGCGGAAGAGGGGCGACAUCUCCAUGACCUCCUCCACCACCGACAUGGACGCCGGGCUCAUCUACAGCAGGGAUCGACGCCGCGUCCCCUCACAGAGCGCGAACGGGCGGUUGCUAUUCGCGAUAUCUGCAGCGGCGCUUGGCUCCGCCUUUCAACACGGUUACAACACAGGAGUAGUCAACGCCCCGCAAUCCUUGAUCGAGUCAUGGAUCUCGGACGUGCUGCGGAACCGAUCGGGGGCGGGAGCCGAGUACAAGCCGGAGCCCUCGCAAGUGACGAUGAUCUGGUCGAUCGCGGUGUCCAUCUUCUGCGUGGGCGGCAUGAUCGGCGGAUCCCUCACCGGUCUCAUCGCCGAGAAGCUCGGCAGGAAGUACGGACUCCUCUACAACAACAUCCUCGUCCUCGCCGGAUGCCUCCUCCAACAACAUUCGAAAAAUUUUGGAUCCUAUGAAAUGUUUAUCGCCGGGCGAUUUUUCAUCGGUGUUAACUGUGGUUUGAAUGCCGGUCUCGUUCCAAUGUACUUGAGUGAAAUAUCGCCAAUGAAUCUUCGUGGAGCGGUCGGAACCGUGUAUCAGUUAGUUGUCACAAUCUCGAUCCUCAUCUCUCAGAUAUUUGGACUAAAAUCAGUGUUCGGAACAGCUGAAAACUGGCCACUCUUGUUCGAAAUAGCUCUGCUCCCCUCCAUCUUCCAAGUCAUCACGCUUCCUUUCUGCCCAGAAUCCCCGCGGCACACACUCUUACACCACGGUCUAGAACUUCAAGCUCAAAAAGAUCUGUCGUGGUUCCGGGGAACAAUCGAAGUACAUGAUGAGAUGGAAGAGAUGAAAAACGAGUACGAAGCCAUGAAGCUCACCCCACAAGUAACAAUCAGAGAAAUGCUAUCGAACGCUCAACUCCGCAUCCCCCUUUUCAUUGCAGCUAUGGUGAUGGUGUGUCAGCAGCUAUCAGGAAUCAAUGCUGUUAUGUUCUUUUCGACGAAGAUCUUCAAGAUGGCUCAGCUCUCAGAUGAGGCAGCCCAAUACAGUACGUUAGGCAUGGGUUCAAUGAAUGUGCUCAUGACCUUAAUUUCAUUGGUCCUUGUAGAGAAAGCUGGACGAAAAACACUCCUCCUGAUUGGGUUCUCUGGAAUGUUUGUUGACACUGUUCUCUUGACCAUCUGCCUUGCUUUUGUAGAAAAAUCGAUAGUCAUCUCAUACUUCUGCAUAUUGCUGGUCAUUGUGUUCGUUGUCAUGUUUGCUGUCGGACCCGGAUCUAUACCUUGGUUCCUUGUCUCUGAACUGUUCAAUCAGUCUGCCCGCCCGACUGCUGCAAGUAUUGCUGUUGCUGUCAACUGGACAGCCAAUUUCAUGGUUGGCCUUGGAUUCCUCCCUCUCCAGGAGGCUCUGGGAAGCAAUGUGUUUGUGAUUUUUGCAGUCCUAUUGGGUUUGUUUGUCCUCUUUGUUUGGAAAAAGGUCCCAGAAACAAAAAACAAAACGAUGGAAGAAAUCUCAUCCAUGUUCAGGCAGAUAUCCUACCAGUAAACUCUCAAACCCGUUCUCAAAUGAGAAUAUUCCAUGUCUCUUUUUUUUUCUUGUCAAGAUUAACUCAAUGUUGCCAGUUAUGAGGAAUACUGGAACUCAUCUACACUCAUCUUGAGGGAUUCCAAUUUUUCUUUAAGGAGUGGCAACAUCAUAUAAACCGUACUCAGGACUGCCAGUUGUUAUUCAUUAAUUGCUAUAACCGUUACUUACGGAACUUCUCUCAGGAAGUAUCCCACUUUAUGAUCCAAAAUUAUAGAUUAAAUAGUCUCGAGCCAUGAGAUAUAUUACUCCUUUUUUCAAUACAGUAAAAUAAAGUCUAGAAACUCCAACAAGAAACUGAAAGAGGUGAUCAAAAUCAACUGCUUGAAUGAAGUUGUGGAAUGAUUUGUUUCUUAGCACAUUAUUUAACUAUAUUACAUACAAUCAUUUUCUCCCUGAAAAAUGAAUAUUUUCAGAGGUUUGUCUGUUGAGAUUGUAACUCAAGUUUCAAUUUUUCAAGCUUUAAAUGGUCAUAAUGCUUUUAAGUUGGUUUAAGAAAGGCCCAGUCAAGUUAAAUUUGCAAAUCUUGACUCCCAUUGUUGAUUACUGUUUUAGAUCAAGCGCAAACUAAAUAUUUUUCAUUGAUAAUGAUAUGAUAGGAUAUUUUAAAAUUAUCUAAGGAAAUAAUGAGAUAUCAAAGAGGUAUAUUUUUAAAUUUGUUGAAUUAUGAAUAACUGUUGAGCCUCUAUUAUGGAGAGUUAUUUUAAAAGGAGGUGAAGACAGUAAAAUUUUAGAUAAUUUUCAAAUAGUAUUUUUUAAUCACAUUGAUUUUAAUGCAAGUUUUUCCAGCUGUUAGCUCAUCUUAGAGCAGGUUGUUAUACUGAAUUAGGUAGAAGUCCAUAGUUUUAUUGUUUUUAGGCAGGGUAUGAUUUUGAAUAAUGAGUUGAUGUGAUAGAAUUGAAAUUGUUUAAAGUAUUUUUAGUCAUUGAUUUUUUCCUUUGAAGAAUUUAUCAAGGCUUAUUAUCAAAUGGUGCUACAUAAAUCAACAACCUAAUAAAUGAAGACAAAUUUUUGUCCUGGGCCUUGAUCCAAAUUGGCCCUGUGCAGCUUGCUUCAUUCAUUGAAUGCAAUGUUUUUUGUUUUAUUUACUUCUUUUUGAUAAUUUCUCCCAAAAAAUGUCACCAUCUAUAAACGGAAUAUUUUCAGGUUGCCAAGACGGAAGGGAACUAGAAAUUAUCAUGAUAACACUACGUAUUAUUAUUUUUUUCCUCACUUCUUUUUUUUAGGUGGGGGGAGGGGGUUGGUUAAAAAUAGAAUGAAAGUGUCAAAGUUGCUGAAACCCCCUGAAUUAUCUGUAAAUAAAUGUGUAUAUACUUUGUGUCACAAUAAACAGCCAUUGUUCAAAUGUUCUAUUGUGAAACCAAGAGCAAAAAGAAAAAAAUUCUAAACUGUAUUUUCAAGAGAUACUGUACGCAAAAAUAUUGAAUAGCUUAAAAAACGUCUUAUUUAAAAUAAAUACUUUUUAUUUAGAGGGAAAAAGUUAGUAGUGCAAAUGCUGUAAAAUCUGAAAACAAGCAAGAAAGUGGUACAAGAAAAGAAGUCGAACGUUGAUGAAGUUAAGAAGUGAAUUUUCCAUGUUAAUUUAUAGCGAUUAGUCAUAAGCGUCAUGUUUGAAAUGCCUCUAUUGGCUUUCUUUUUUUACCUCAGGACAAAUUGAGUCUAAAAUUCACCACAGCCAAAAAGAGAGGCAAUUGCAUUUUUAUAAUUUUUUGCCGAGACCGUCUUAAACGACCAAACCUGAACUAACCUCUUUUUUACAUUCUUUGGAACAUCCUUACUUGCAAUCACAAAUGGAGAUCAAGAUAGCAACUAAUGACCACACAUGACUUUCUGACAUCAUUUCCCAACUUUGAAUACUUUCAUUUCAUUAUCAUAGCGUCCAGUAUAAUUUUUCCUUCAUUCUCCCUUUUGAAAAUGUCUAGGAUCAUCUAAAACCUUUUAACUUUUUAAGUAAUCGCAGCAUUGUGGUGAAUCCCUGGAAUUUUUUGGACAAUUCACUUUUCUAGAACUUCUUCAUUUUGUGAGACUUCUGAAUUCUAAUACUCCUGUCAAAGAAAGAUAUAUAGACGUAUUUGAUCAUCACCCGUACUCAAAUUUGUGCAAACAUUUGCACAAAAUUUUUGUUUUAGGUUCUUAGUUAAUUAAUUGUUUCUUACUUUGAGUGUACAAAGCUGUCUCAAAUUUUAGAAAUCAUCCUUCCAAGUUAUACCUGAUUUAUCUGUCAAAACCCACGAGUAUGAUCCUUGUGAGCAUAGUGGAUUAAGUUAUUUUUAGAGAAUGGAUGUACAUUUUUAAUUGUUUUUACUCAUCAUUUGUACAUACCUGUUACUAAUUUUUAUACUGUAGAAUAAGUGGGUACCAGCCCAGCUUUCAAAUGUACUGUUGUUGCCAAGUUUACUCAGUAAAAUAUUUAAGUUCAGCCACUGUAAAUGUGAAAUUGAAGAAACAAAUGCUAGCAACACUUCACCUUGUAUAAAAAGGAUUUUAUUUUUUGACCUUAUUCCUUCACUGAAAUUGUUAUUUUUCCAGCUAGAAUAUGUUUAUUGAUAAAUCUUUGCAGAAUUUACAAAGCCUUCCCAAGAAUCCUCUGUGUAUUUAAUUUUGUAUUUUACAUCAUUUUAAUGCAAAAAUCUCAUAAAGGGUAAUGUGAAAUAAUUUUACUCAUUCAAAUCCCGAAUUUGUGCACAACUCUCAAGCAGAUAUGUUGGAAUCUUUGCAAAAUGAAAACGAAAAUACUGGUGUAAUAAUGCUCUAAUCCUGUUCUAUGGCUAUAUUUUUUAUUGUCGAACUGAGAAUUUUGAUUUUCCAACCUUUUUUAAAAUUAAUUUCAUAUAUGUGACAGAUUUUGUGUAUUUUGUCGUCCUUGAAAUAUAUAGAAUCAGGAAAAAUAUUUUCUGAUUAAAAUACACUCUUGUAUAGUAUUUUUAUUUAUAUGAUUAGUUUUUACAUAAAGAUUAGUAUAAUCUAAGCAAUAGUUUGUGCAUAGCUUUCUCUAUUCCCUGUUUGAAAGUAAAAUAAAAAUAGUGAAAUGCA